AUGGCAGAAACUUAUGAAAAUUGUGGUGGUAGAAUUGAAGAGAUUGUUUGUGAAGACAGGAUAAGUGCCUUACCCGAAGAUUUACUUUUGACGAUACUGUCGUCUAUUCCGACAAAAGAUGCAGUGUCCACCAUGAUUUUGUCUAAGCGAUGGCGUUUUAUCUGGACGAUGCUCCCCGUACUUGCAUACAGAGAUAAUAACCAUAAAAGAAGCGUGUGGCAGUUUCUUAACAAUUCAAUGGAAUUACACAAAGCACCUGUCCUACAACUAUUGUCUAUCAAACUCGGUGGACAAUGUCCUACUGAUGCUGAUGUCGAGAAGUGGGUUGAAAACGCUGUUAAUCGCGGCUUGACCGUGCUAUAUUUCAGUCUUCUAUGGCCCGCAGAUCCAACCAGAUUGCCUAAGAGCCUUUACACAUGCAAAACUCUUCAGCAUCUGAAACUCUCCCACGAGAUUCUCGUGGAUUUUCCUUCUUGUUGCCUCCCAUCCCUCGAAACACUCCGACUUUACCAUGUAGUGUAUAGAGACGAGGCUUCUAUCGUUACGUUAUUAUCGAGCUGUCCCGUUCUUAAGUUAUUGUUUGUGAAACGGGAAGAGGAUGAUAAUGUUGCCAACUUUAGUGUGAAAGUGCCUUCUUUAGUGGGCUUCUUGUAUGUAAAUUAUACGUCAUUGCCAGAUGACAAUGAUGAAGUAGAUACCGGCAGGUCUUUGGUUAUGGAUACUCCGGCAUUAACAAACUUUUACAUUACUGAUUAUUCAGGAGACUCUUACUCGAUCAAGAAUAUGCCUUGUCUCAAGGAUGCUUCUAUUAUUGGCCAGAGUUUCCAUGAUAUUGACAAGUUGUUAAGAUCUCUUUCCGGUGUCUCGUCUCUUGAUUUGGAUUUGACAGAUGAAAUGGCAGUGUAUUGUAGCACCAUCAAAUUCUCUCAGCUGAUUAAGUGUAAGAUAAUACCAUGUGACUCAGACUGGAUGGAUUCACUCGUUCUUUUUCUUUACAAUACUCCUAAACUAAAAUCUCUUACUGUUGACUAUAGAUUUACCCAUGAACCUCCUGCCGCCUCUGCUUCUUGGAUGGAACGGAGCCAUUAUCCCGAAUGCUUGUUAUCAAGUCUGGAGAAGUUUGAGCUGAUAGACUAUGGAGGAAGAGAAGAAGAGACUGAAUUGGUGGAAUACAUCCUACAGACCUCUAAGUGUUUAAAGACUGCCAGAAUCUCUUUGAGAUCCAAACUUGAAGACAAAGAGACAAUAAUGGAGACGUUGAAAGCUAUAUUCCUUGGGUUCGAUAGCAUCUCACUUUUUGUUCAAACCUAA